AGAGAGAGAGACAACCAACGCCUGCUUUAGACACAAAUACUAUAUAUAAAGCGUAUUCUGCAAAACAGGGGGCAGAUACAGAUAGAGCCGAGGCCUUCGAAACAGAUGGCUGCUACUCAGGAUGUGAAAGGGAAGGGCGAGGGAGGGGACCAAAACUUUGACUACAUGUUCAAGCUGCUGAUCAUCGGCAACAGCAGCGUGGGCAAAACGUCUUUCCUGUUCCGCUAUGCCGAUGACGCCUUCACUUCAGCCUUCGUCAGCACAGUGGGCAUUGACUUCAAAGUGAAGACCGUGUACAAGAAUGACAAGAGGAUCAAACUGCAGAUCUGGGACACAGCUGGCCAGGAGCGUUACAGGACCAUCACCACUGCCUACUACCGCGGGGCCAUGGGCUUCAUCCUAAUGUACGACAUCACCAACGAGGAGUCCUUCGGCGCUGUGCAGGACUGGUCAACCCAGAUAAAAACCUACUCAUGGGAUAAUGCACAGGUGGUCCUGGCUGGAAAUAAGUGUGAUAUGGAAGAGGAGAGAGUGGUCUCAGUGGAUAGUGGCAGACUGCUGGCAGAACAGUUAGGUUUUGAGUUCUUUGAGACCAGUGCCAAGGACAACGUCAAUGUGAAGCAGACCUUUGAACGUCUCGUCGACCUAAUUUGCGACAAGAUGUCCGAGAGCUUGGACACUGAUCCGGCCGUCACCACAGGAGCUCCCACUGCCAAACUGACGGACAGCGCUCCGCCCCUCCAGCAGCCUGGAUGCAACUGUUAGUGACUGAUGUCAGGAAGCAAAGGGAGGGCAGCGCAGGUCCUGUAAGGUGGUUGAGUGUGCACAGUUUUGUUCUCCCCCCAGCGUUAUAACUCCUGCUAGUGCCGCUUUCUCUGGACUACAGUUCAAAUCAUGUUUAGUAGUAGAAUUACAAAAUCCAGUCGUAUUAUCUCUCAACUUUAUCACCCUAUAUCAAGAGCAAAUAACCAGACAACAGACAUGGCUAGUGUAGGAUGUGUCACAUUACAGGAUAUCUAGAAUAUAGAGACACCAUAUUCUCAUUCUUCAGCUAGUUAGUAUGGUUAUGGUUAUAAACCAAGUAUGUUUCUUAAGGCUGGAAAUAGUCCAUAGUCAUGAUGUACAGUUAAUCCUUAAGACCUUUAAAAUCUUUAAGACCUAGAAUAAUUAUAAAAUGAGGGAUAGAGUCAGUGAGUGCUUUAAUGAUUAUUUUAUUUUUAUUUUUUGUACAGUAUGUAUUUUCCUUUUAUAGGAUUAUUUUGUCUCCUAAAUCUGCCAAAUCGAUGAUUUAGUGCACUAUAGGAUGUAGCGGCUUUCUUUUGUGUAAUGAGUGUGUGGCUGUCGUGUGACUGUACAAUAAGUGAGCGUGCGUUCGCAUGAGUGUGAGGUUUAUGUCUGAGUCACAAAUGAGUGCAACUUAGUCGUCUAAAAAUCAUCUACCUUGGAUAAAAAAGUGGCCUUUUAGCAUCUCCAACACGGCCUCUGUAAGUUCCUCCGUCAUGCUUACUUUUAGGAUGAAUCCAGUACGUAUAAUGUUGAUGUGAGUACUAUUCCACGUUUUGCUGUCUGUAGAUGUGUGAUUUCUCUAAUAAGUAUAUCUGUAAAGCAACUAUUUCUAUGUGCUUAGCCUCUAAGAUGACCCUUUAUAGUUUGAUGCGAUGAGCAUGCUGCCAAAAAGUCAAUCAUAUGUACGGUUUUAUCUAAAGAUAGAACUGUCCUCAAUAAGAUAGCAACAAAUCCAGGAUUUCAUUAAAUAAAAAUCCCACACUGACAAGGCUCAAUACAGUGUAUGAUAUAAAACAACUGAUCAGCUUUGGCAUGGAAUAACAGCCAUAUAUAUACAAAAUAUUGUUUAACUUUUGAGUCAGCAUGCUAAAUUUUCAUGUUCGUGUUAUGAAAUUAAAUCCCUCCUGGAAAAAAAAAUCUCAGUUUAGAAAACAUCAUAGACAUACAGUAGUUUAAAAUGGGAGACUUCCCCUAGCAGGCAUAUACAGUACUGUUUUGGUCUUAAUGAUAACUUAAAUCCAUAUAGGAUAAAAGUUGUAGCUUAUUUCAGUUCUGUAAUUCAUAGAGAGA